GCCUGGUGAGGGGUGGGGAGGAAGAAGAAGAGAAGAAGUGACUUAUGGGAUGCGAAGUAGCCGGGCGGCUGACAUACGCACGGAGGGGGGAAGAGUGGGUGACAUCUACUGGAACCAGCUUAAGGAAGAGCGGGAAAUAAAGAGGGGGGUGUAAGAAAUUUACUGGUUAUACGGUUCAUUUGGGGAGCAACGUGCAGGUUUGUGCACACCGCCAUCGGAUCCUGAGCGGAAGAAAAAGUUCAGAUCCCACGGAUCAGCGCGUGGGAGUGGGGAGCAGGAUCGAGCUCCGCUGCGUGUCUCGUCAUGGCAGGACCCGGAGGCGACAUGCAGUGGUGCUUCUCCCAGGUGAAGGGAGCCAUUGAUGACGACGUAGCUGAAGCCGACAUCAUAUCAACGGUUGAGUUCAACCACACGGGGGAGCUGCUCGCCACCGGAGACAAGGGCGGCCGCGUCGUCAUCUUCCAGCAGGAAGUAGAAAACAAGAACCUGCCCCAGUUCAGGAGCGAGUACAACGUUUACAGCACCUUCCAGAGCCACGAGCCCGAGUUCGACUACUUGAAGAGUUUAGAAAUCGAGGAGAAAAUCAACAAGAUCCGCUGGCUUCCCCAGAAGAACGCCGCUCAGUUCCUGCUGUCCACCAACGAUAAAACUAUAAAAUUGUGGAAAAUAAGUGAAAGAGACAAGCGACCAGAAGGCUACAACCUGAAAGAGGAAGAUGGCCGAUACAGAGAUCCCAACACCAUCACUUCACUGCGGGUCCCGGUAUUAAUCCCCAUGGACCUGAUGGUGGAGGCCAGCCCUCGCCGGGUGUUCUCCAACGCUCACACCUACCAUAUCAACUCUGUCUCCGUCAACAGCGACAACGAGACCUACCUGUCUGCGGAUGACCUGCGCAUCAACCUGUGGAACCUGGAGAUCACCGACCGCAGCUUCAAUAUCGUUGACAUCAAGCCGGCCAACAUGGAGGAGCUGACCGAGGUGAUAACGGCGGCGGAGUUUCAUCCUCACCAGUGCAACACCUUCGUCUACAGCAGCAGCAAAGGGACAAUCCGCCUCUGCGACAUGAGGGUGUCGGCUCUCUGCGACAAGCACUCCAAGCUGUUUGAGGAGCCAGAAAACCCCAGCAACCGCUCCUUCUUCUCAGAGAUCAUAUCGUCCAUCUCAGACGUCAAGUUCAGUCACAACGGGCGCUACAUAAUGACCAGAGACUAUUUAUCUGUGAAGAUCUGGGACCUGAACAUGGAAAACCGGCCGGUGGAGACGUACCAGGUUCAUGAAUAUCUUAGGAGCAAGCUGUGCUCGCUCUACGAGAACGACUGCAUCUUCGACAAGUUCGAGUGUUGCUGGAACGGAAACGACAGCGUGGUGAUGACCGGCUCCUACAACAACUUCUUCCGGAUGUUCGAGCGCGGCCAGCGGCGGGACGCCACGCUGGAGGCGUCGCGGGAGAACAGCAAGCCGCUGCAGGUCCUCAAGCCGCGGAAGGUCUGCACCGGCGGCAAGCGCAAGAAGGACGAGAUCAGCGUGGACAGCUUGGACUUCAACAAGAAAAUCCUCCACACCGCCUGGCAUCCACAGGACAACAUCAUCGCCGUGGCAACCACGAACAACCUCUACAUAUUCCAGGAUAAAGUGAACUAACGGAGACGGAGGGCCGGGUGAGGGGUUUAACCUGCGGGAUCAUCUGGAAGGAGCUCCGUGACCCCUGCGUGACCUUUUUGUGGACGGGGGUCUCCAGUCGUCCGCUGCCUUGUUGUUAAAGUCGUGCCAAUGUUUGCCUGCCGAGCCGACCUUUACGUCUCAUCCCCACGUUUCUUCAAACUUUGACUAGACUUUUUUUUUAUUUUUUUUUUUUUUUUAUGAACGGUCCCUCUGAUUCUUUCUCUGGUAGAAUUAAAACAAGUUUGUUUUUUUUUGUCUCCCAUGACGUUGUGGUGUUUACAUUUCUAAAAGAAAUCACAUUUUUACUCAUUUCCUUCAUGAUUUUAAAAUCGCAGGUUAUCCAUGUCUGAGUUAUGACGGAGAAUUAGGAUCAUAAUAAGAAAAAAGGAAAAUAAAUUAUUACAUUACAAGAAUAAACUCAAACGAGAACAAAUCUGCAGUAGUAUAUGAAUAAAGUAUAAUAACGUGAGAAUAAAGUCGUAAUAACGUGAGAAUAAAGUCGUAAUAACGUGAGAAUAAAGUCGUAAUAAGUUGAGAAUAAAGUCGUAAUAACGCCAGAAUAAAGUCGUAACGUAAGACUUUAUUCUCACGUUAAUACCACUUUAUUCUUGAGUUAUUAUGGCUUUAUACUUUUGUUAUUACUACCUUAAUAAUUUGACUUUAUUUCUAUAUUUCAACUUUUUUUAUAAUAUGAAUUUAUUCUCGUAUUCUAACAAAACUAUGCCUUUAUUCUUGUAAUAUUAUGAGUUUAUUCUAGUCUUAUCUAGACUUUUUAUAUUAUGACUUUCUUGUAAUACAACUAUACUCAUGAUACUGUACUAUAUUCAUGUUUUUGUUUUUUUUCUUUUUGUAUUUUCUUAGCGUGUUCCUAAUUCUCCGUCGUACUCUCCCAAACUCCUGAAGUUUUUCUUUUAUCUCCCUUCAAGAUGGCCGUCUUUCUGCAUCGGAUCCUCUUCCUCUUUUUCUAUUUUUAUUUUUCUGUUUGCAACAGCAGUCGGGUAAUAACGAAAGGCUUUACAAAGAUGAUAUUGUUAAUAUUAUGGUUGCCAUAUUUAUAUGAAAUACUGUUGAAAACGUCGCCGGUUGUUUUCGGUCCCACUUUGUGAAACAAAGCCGGACUUUUAGCUUCUUUCUCAGAGAUCUUAAGUUUCACACUGGACUCUUUCUGUGCAGCAAGCCAGUCGUCUGGAUGGCUGCACUGUGUGACUGCGAUUUAAAAACCGUAAAAUUAUUUCAGGCACUGAAUAACUUAUUUUAACCACUGAAAACAUUACUUUUAGGAUUUUUGGACACAGAUUCCUCCAGUAAUGUGGAAUUAUAAUUUUACUCUGACGGUGGAAGGAAAGGGAAAAAUAAAGGAAUUAUUUUGCA